GGACAGGGCGGCCAGCAUCUGCAGGAUCCCCCAAGGGGCCUGCAACCAACACGCCAACCUGUCAGCAAUGGCGGGCCUGUGCCGCAUUCCUGCUGCCUUGCUUAGGCGCGGCACCAGACCUGGAGUUGCUUGUUCUGCCUUCCUGCCUGUUUUCCCCUGCUGACCUGCUUACCUGCUGUCUUCUGACGUUUGCCGUCAUCGUUUGCCUGCACACGCGCGCGCGAGGACUUGAGCCCUCAAGUACACGCCCCAUCCCGCACUGCACAAGACCAGCAGCAACUCGGCUUCCCCGCGAUGGUGCAGAUCAGAGGGGUGCCCGGCCGGAGCCUGUACUCCGUGGGCAUCGUCUCGGUCUUUGUGCUCAUCUCGCUCUUGACCUAUUUCUUCUGGGUGCCUACACCUCCUCCACGGGCACCGACACGGCCAGCGGCCAUCCCCAACACCAUCCCAAGCCAGCCCAAGCCGGCCGCUGAUCCGGUCGCGAACACAAAUGGCGGCACCUCGAAUGGCAGCAGCUCGAAUGGCGGCUCGGGCGGGCCGGGCCUAGUGCAGCAAUCGACCGGCAAGAUCAUCGACCACAUCUACAACCGCACGCUAGGAUUUGGCGACAUCCUCUCGGUCAGCUUGCCGUCGCGCACCGACCGCCGGGACAGCAUGCACCUGCAGUCAUCGCUCAGCGGCUUCCACGUCACAUUCGUCGACGGCGUCAAUGGCGACGACGUCGUGGACAAGGCGAUCCCCAACACCUUCAAGCAUGAUCGCAUGAGGGGUUCGUCGAUCGGCUCGUGGCGGGGCCACAUGAACGCCAUCCAGCAAAUUGUCGACCGCAACCUCGCCAGCGCGCUCAUCACCGAAGAUGACCUCGACUGGGACAUCCGGAUCCACGACCAGCUGUACGACUUUGCCCUGUCGGCGCGCGCCCUGAUCCAGCCCCUGGCCGGGACGCAGAACCAGUACCACGACCCGACGUUCCCCAAGCCCGGCAAGAACGCGCCCGAGACGGUCCCGGACAUCGACUUUGCCCACCUGCCCGAUACCGAGGAGCCCAAGAUCUCGCCCUACGGCGACGACUGGGACGUGCUGUGGAUCGGCCACUGCGGGAUGCACUUCCCCUUCAAGGACGACGUGCACCAGCCCAAGGGCCGCGUCGUGCACAAGCAGGACGAGACGGUCGCCAUGAAGAAGUACCUGCGCAACAUCCCCCAGCCCUUCACCCUGUCCGACGACUACCCGCAGCACACGCGCGUGGUGCACCACGCCGAGGAGGGGGUCUGCACCCUCGCCUACGCCGUCAGCCUGCAGGGCGCGCAGAAGCUCAUCUACGAGCUCGGGCUCAAGGACGUGACGGACCAGUACGACAUCCUGCUGCGCUUCUUCUGCAACGGCUUCCGCGGCAGGAAGCCGCACCGCUGCCUCACCGUCCAGCCCAGCCUGUUCCACCACUUCCACGCAAAGGGCCCCAAGUCGGCCAGCAGCGACAUUGACAGCUGGAACGCAGACGAGUUUGUCACCGAGGAGUCGUCCGACAUGGUCCGCUGGAGUGUCCGCCUCAACGCCGAGACGCUGAUGGAGGGCGGCACCGUGUUCAGCGAUCAGUACCCGGACUCUGUCCUGCCGUGAGGAGGCAGCAGCAGCAGCAGCAGGCGGGUGCCCCGUGGAUUUCCGUAUUUCAAACGUACAAAUUGUCCUAUCAUGUUAUGUUUUAUAUAUGGUUGGCAGUAAUGAUGAGAUCAUAUGAAAAAAAA